CCUCCUUUCCUCGCAAUCUCCUCCCACCCCGGUCGAUGGCACCAAAGCUCACGCCAUCAUCCUCAACAAGCUCCUUCGAACGCUCAAACUCGUCCCCCUCACUAGCCCGCGUAGGCCUAGAACACAGGCUACCAUCCACGGGCCUGAUGGCACCCGCCACCCCCGAGCCGCGGCGGGCGUCGCUCAAGCGCGCCCGCGAGGCGGCGACAACGCCAGCACGCACUGGCGAGAUCGAGUCCAACGCCUCGGGCGCGGACAGCGAUGACGAGGUGCUCAGCGUCGUCAGAUCCUCGCGUGCGCGCGCCGCCAAGACCCCCCGCGUCAAAGACGCCGUCGCUACACCGACGCCGAAGCGCAAGAUUGUCAACGCUAUCGAUGUUGUGCCGCCCCGCUCGACAAAGAAGCCAUCACUCCAGGACCGCCUGAAUGCCGCGGCCGCCAAAACAACCACACGGACGUCGACACCGGUCGCUGCCCGUGUUUCUGCAGUACCUCCGGUUCCCCGCCUCUCGACGCUCGCUACUGGCUCCUCGGUCGGCACGCCGAGUCGCAGCUACGACAAUGAGAGAAGCGACAAGGUCGUUGUUUGUGUCCGUAUCAAGCCGACGUCGAACCCAUUCGCCACCACGGCGUAUGACCUCUCUCCGACGUCACUGACGCUGUCCGACACCCACCCCAACGUUAUACGCCGAGGUGGCAAGGCCGGGCGUGAGGCCGAGUACACUUACAUGUUUGACACGCUCAUCAACUACCCUACUCGUACACCGGAGCUCUACGAUGCCAAGGUCGCCCCGAUGGUCCAGAAGGCCAUGAAUGGCUUCAAUAGCACUGUGUUUGCGUACGGCCAGACUGGUAGUGGCAAGUCGCACACAAUGUCUGGAACUCGCUCAGAGCUCGGCAUCAUCCCCUGCGCUAUCGACGGCAUUUUUGAUGCCAUCACAGCCGACUGCGACCGUGCGUUCCUGCUCCGCGUCUCGUACAUCGAGAUCUACAACGAGACGCUCCGCGAUCUCCUGAACAACAAGCCGGGCAACCUGCCUGAAAACGAGAAGCCAACGAUCCACACCAACAAGGGCAAGGUUUAUGUCGAGCCCUUGGUCGAGGCCAUCGUUUCGACUCCUCAAGAUGUUGUAGACCUUCUGGAGCGGGGCAACAUCAACCGCAAGACCGGUGCAACGGACUGGGUAUGUCAAGCUGAUUUCCGUGGCGAAGAAGAAGCUGACCUGUCACAGAAUGAGCGCUCCUCCCGAUCCCACGCCGUCUUCACCAUUGUGAUCGAGUCUCGGCCACGCGACGGUGAUGGUCACGACGAGGUCCGAGUCUCUCGCCUCACUCUGAUCGUGAGUGCACCCCAUGAGGAUGUUCCUAACAUGCCACAGGACCUUGCUGGUUCAGAGAAGGCCGUGUCCGAUGUUGAGCGCCGAGGCGAGGGCAAACACAUCAACCAGAGUCUUCUGGCACUCCGCGAAGUUGUCCACAAGCUCACCGAGAAGGGGAAGCGCGGCCACGUCCCAUACCGCAACUCCAAGCUCACCCACCUCCUCGAGAAUGUUCUUGGUGGUGACUCUAACAUCUGCGUCAUCUGCACAAUGUCAGCCGAUGAGGCCCACUGUGCGGAGACGCUAGAGACACUGAAGUUUGCUGGGCGUUGUUCCCAGGUUGAGACCAAGGCGCAGAAGAACAUUCUGCUUAACUCGGACCUCGCUGUCAUCCGGGCGAAGGACAUAGAGAUUGCGGAGCUGAGGCGUCAGCUCGAGCAAUUGGCGGCUAGCCAUGAACCUCAGAGACCAACAGAGGAGAUCGCAGAGGUAUGCUUGCUUUCCUCCUACAUCCAGUGCAGUCCUAACGCCCACCAGCUGGCUGAAUCGGUUGCUUCUAUGGAAGCUCGCAAGGUCAAGCUCACCGAGCAACUCGCCAAGUUGAACGGCGAGAUCCUGACCUCUGAGCUUCCUCGCACAAUGACUGGGUUACCGACCUCGCCUCCACGCAAGAAGCGGCCUAGGAUCAGCGACUUCACCUCCCUCACCAGCGCUGCUCUUGGCAUUGGACUCGGUACUCCUACCAAGACUCCUGUCGUCGACCGACGCGCCGUCAGCACCAUGGUUCGCGUCGUAGAGGACUCUGAGACCGACGCACAGUCGGCCAUUAUUGAGAACUUAGACCCAGCAAAGCGAUUCGAGGACGACGUGACUAUUGCAUCACUGCGCCGCACCCUCGCCACCAAGGAGACCGAGAUUGAGAAGCAAACCGAGUUGCUCGAGGCCGCGUCCGCCGACGCGGCUGAGCUUCCUGGCGUCAAGUCCCGGCUCGAGGAGCUCAAAUCUACACUGGCGACUGUGCAAGAGGACCAUACCACUCAGUUGCACGACGCUCAACGGGAGCUCGAGUCCACCAGGGCGGAGCUCGCUCGCACCGUGGCCGACAAGGCAGCCCAGAUUGAGGCCCUUGAGACUAGCGUGCUGGACCUGCGCAAGUCACGCGAGGAGCUUGUCAUCGAGGACCAGCAACAUCUUGACAAGGAGCGCGAGAAGCAUGCCGCUGAACUGGAGAAGCUUCGCGAGCAGCACAAGGGCGAGAUCACGAACAUCAAGACAGCUAUCAGAACUCUGAGAGGCCAGGCCGACGAACAUGCGAGCCGCGUCACCACACUGGAAGCCAGCAACGCCGACUUGUCAAAGUCGCUGGCGACGGUUGAGAAGGACCGCGACUCGGCCAUGUCCGAUCACGCAAUCGCGCGCCGCGACGCUGAGAAGGCCGCUUCGGACCUCGACAGCUUUCAGAAGGCAGCGAUUGGCCGCGAGUCGGAAGUUGUCGCGGGGCUGCGCAAGGAGGUCUCGGCGGAGCGCGAAGCAAGGGAUGCGACUGAAAAGUCACUUGUCGACGAACGUGAGGCCCGAUCCUCUGCCGAAGCCCAGCUCAAGAAGGAGCAAGAAUCUCGCAAGGCACUCGUGGUGGACCUGGACCAGCUGCGUGCUUCGUCCGCGAAAACCGACGCCGACCUGAAGGAGGCGCAGUCUAGCCACGAGAAGAUCAAAUCCGACCGUGAAGAGGCACAGAAGCAGACUGAAGCCCUCGAGGCUGCUCUGAAGAAGGCGAACGACCGCUUCGGAGCUACUGAGAAGGAGAAGUCGGCUGUGGAGGCACGCCUGGCUGAGGAGGUCAAAGCCAAGGAGGCUGCUCUUGCCUCGGCAAAGGAGGCCGCCUCAACAUCAGAAGCGAUUCGCAAGGAGCUUGCCGACAAGCUGAGCAGCGUCACAACCGAGAGGGACCAGCACCUUGCCACUUCAAAGCAACUUACGGACGAGGCAGCCAAGGUUCAGCAGCAGCUCGACGACGCCAAGCGGGCCCACAGCGACGUUACUCGCGAUGUCGAGGCCCUCCGUGCUGGAGCCAGUGUGGCGGACUCUGUUCGCGCGGACCUCGAUAACCACCGCUCUCUUCUCGCCAAGGAACAGGAGGCCAAGAAGGUGCUGGCCGACGACCACUCGAAGGUCACCGCCCAGGUGGACACCGUCACCAAGGAGCUCGAUAGGAUGAAGUCGGCGCUUCAGACUGAGAAGACAGCGCACGCCGAGACGUCUGCCAAGCUUGCCGAGGCCCUGCAACGCAUCGCGGAGCUUGAGAAGGAGCUGGGCUCGGCCAAGGCGGCGACUUCAGAGCUUAGCACAAAGUUCGAGUCAACUCAAGCUUCUGCUCUUGCGGCCGACAAGGCUCACAGUGCUGCAACCGCAUCGAGCGUGGAGAAGCACAAGGCGGAGGUUGAAUCCGUGCGGAAAGAGGUCGAGGCCGAGAAGAAGGCUCGCGUCGAUGCCGAAGCCCAACUCAAGGACCUCAAAUCUGCCUCGACCACUGCGGCCGGUGAAGUUGCCAAGCAGCUCGCCGAGGCCCGUGCUGCUCUCGACGAGAGCAAGCGUGCGAACGCCGACCUUGCCAGCGCAUUAGACUCCCAGAAGAAGGCUCACGAAACGGCAGCCGGCUCGACCGCAGAGUCUCACGCCACACUGGUCAAGGACCUUCGCGCGAAGUUUGAGCAGGAGAAGGGCCUUCGUUCCACCGCUGAGGCUGAGGUAAAGACGGCAGCGGCGACCCACUCCAAGGCUCUCGAGGAGGUGUCGACUGCCCUCGCUGCGGAGAAGGCCCUGCGUGCGACAGCUGAGGCCAACGCCAAGAAGAUUGCUGCUACGAGUGAGGGGUCGGCCUCGCAGCUCCAGGCCACCGGUGCCGAGCUCUCAAAGAUCCAGGCGGAGCUCGAGACACUGGCUUCGACUCUGGCUUCAGAGCAGGCUCGCACAACGGAGGCCGAGGCAACGAUUGUCCAGUUACGGGCACAGAUUGCCCUCCUGCAAAAGGAUCUCGACCUCAAGCAGACCGAGCUGGCUGCUAUCCAGGCUCGCUCGGACCGCCUCGCUGCUGAACUCGUGACGGUUUCCGCAACGGCCCAGCCCGCCCGGGUACUCCGACGCAGCAAUGCCGUCUCCUCCACAUCGGUUCCCAGCGGCCUAUCACUCGCGGCGUCGAAUGCGCUCCGUGGUACCGGUGGCAUGGCUGGCAACUCGGCCGCUCCAGACGUCGCCGGAUGGAAGCGCUCGCACGAGAUUGAGGAGAUUGGCCGUCUUGACAAGGUUGUCGAGUCGCAGAAGGCAAUGAUCGAGGAGCAGAGGGUCAAGAUCAAGUUCUGGGCCGACGAGCUCCAGAAGCAGCAGGAGAUUGUGCGCCUCUUGACCCAGGAGAGCAGUGCGUCACCAGGCAAGCUAUCGGUACCUCUGCCUCAGGAGCCAAAGGCUGUCGACGUUGGUCCAUCGCGAGCACCCGAGACAGCACCGACCAAGACGCCCACGAAGACGCCGACGAGGCCAGGACACGUCCGCAACGCAUUAUCCAUGUUUGACAGCCCUGGCACGCCGGUGGCUCCUCUACGUGGUGCAACUCUGGCCCGCAGCCACAUCCCGCCGACGUUUACGGCCAAGAACUUAUCGCUGCCCUCUCUCCCCACGCCGCUGCCGAUGCACAGUGGGCAGCAGUCGAACGCGUUACGCAAGACACGGCGCAUCACGAUCGACCACGACAUGAACCGCUUGGAGGAGAACAGCCGAGUGAACCAGAUCAAGGGAGUGUUUGACUCGCCGACAAAGGAGGAGGCCGGAAAGUCCAACGAGAACCGCACCUCGUCGCGCACGGGCUCAUCCCGCACCCAGGUCGACAUCCCCCGCCGUCGUUUUUAAUGCGGCUUGUGAAUACGACAUAUGAUGCCGCCCUCGCCGUGAACAGUAACAGCACGUUGUACGCAUUUGUUUACCUCACGUUCUUGUAUUUGACCGCAUGAUGGUUGUGAAGGAGGGUGUCUCUGCUGGCAGGGGCACGGUAUGCAUGUGG